GGGUGUAGCUCGACCCCAAUCCAAAGACGAUCCCUUCGGUAUUGACGCGAUUCGGGCUGGGGUUUGAGUGGCAGCAGACAGAUUCGCGCAUUUCAAUUGCGACCUUGCUGUUGUUGUUAAUAUUAUUGUCGGUGGGGUUGUGGGUUUUCUGGGUUAUGUGAAUCCUGCAAUGGCGACAUCCGGCUGGAACCCACGUCGUGUUCAUGUCUUCGUCGUGCUGUUCGUGACAGUGUUCUCUUUCGCUGCCGUGGUCCAUGCUAGGACGGAGGAGAACUCUUUUGUGGUUAGCCGGCACAGGGCAGAGGGGAGCGUGAAUGUGGUUGUGGGUGGUGGGUCUCCGUGUGAUUCUGCUGUUGAGGUACAGUCAGAUGAACCCUUGAUUCAAAGCGUUACAUCUGAAGAUGCAGCUGAUGUUGCCAGCAAUUUGUCCAAAGGACCUUGCAUUCGCCAAACAACCAUGUCGUGCCCUGUGAAAUGCUUCAGAUCUUAUCCGGUAUGUGGAACAGAUAAGGUCACAUAUAGGUGCGGAGCUGCCGACGCAAAUUGUGCAGGAGUGGAAGUAGCUUACGAUGGAUUCUGUAAUCUAUGGGAGGGAGAUAGAAACGUUGGGUCAUCCACGGCUCUCUAUGCUGUGCAGUCUUUACAACUUGUUCACAUGCUCUGGCUGGUGUUUGCAGGAUCGUUCGUUGUUCUAGGCAUGCUUUGAUUUCAAAGCGGCAUGUUGUCUUAGUAUUGUAAUUUAAUUUUAAUUUUAUUGCUUGCACAGAAUCAUUCUUUAGUUCCAAAAAUUUGGAGACAUUUAGGGAGAUACAGAUUUGCGCUUCAGCAGUUGCAGAUGUAGAAGUGUAUGCAGUAGGACGAUUUCAAUUAUUCAGCUGCUUUUGUUCCCGUUUAUGAACGAUGAAAUUUGUAUCUGUUCAAUUUCAUAAAUAUAAAAUGUGCAAUAGAAUA